AUGUCCAAGUACGCGAUCCCCAUCGGCGCCUCCAUUUCCCUGGCCGCUGUGCUAUGCUCCCUCGUCGCCAUGCACAACAUCGUCGUCCAGAUCGACUCGAUGCGACAUGAGAUCGAGACCGGCGUCCAGGAGAUGCGGGUAUGUCGUGAUCACUCUCUUUUUCAAUACAAUUCUGGAGUUGCAGCUCAUGUCGGAUGACGCUUGGACCAAGAUCGUCACCCUUCAUCUGAGCCCAGCGGUCGAGGCCAACUCCCAGGUCGCCUUCGCUUCCAUCUUCUCUCGCACCAAGCGUUCUACCGGCGGCCAGUGCAACUGCAACACCAACUCGCAAGGAUGUCCUCCCGGACCACCUGGACCUCCAGGAAAGGCCGGACCUCGUGGAGAACAAGGACCUGGCGGAGACGACGGCAAGAAUGGAGCUCCAGGAAUCGUCCUUGCGUGAGUCCUUCCUUUAUUAUUUUUCAUGAGUCCAAUCAAGGGGAUGCUUAGACUCAAACAAGAUUUUCGAGUUCGGUGGGAUACUGACUCAAGGUUGAUUGUCUCUAUAAGAAAGAUAAUGAGCAUUUCGAACAAGAUUCAAAGUAGCAUUCUGAGAAAAUUGCCCUCAAACUCCUUAAGAGCUCUGAUUGACGUAUGUCUAUAAUUUCAACUUUCUUGUAAAAGUACGUUCUAAAGACGUCUUUCAGAGUCACGCACGACAUUCCUGGCGGAUGCAUCCGGUGCCCACCUGGACCAGCCGGAGAGCCAGGACCAGAUGGACCAGUCGGAGAGAAAGGAUUCCCAGGAGCUGCUGGCCGAACUGGCGAGUGUGGAGAGGACGGUGCUCCAGGAGAGCCAGGAAUCAUUGGAGACCAGGUUGGUCUUGAUUCAGAGGUCCCAUUACAUCAAAUCUCUUCAGGGACAACCUGGCCAGACUGGUAUCGACGGACCUCUUGGACAGCCUGGACACGACGGAAUCAGCGGAGCACCAGGACUUCCUGGCCAGCCUGGUAACCCUGGAUGGCCAGGACCACAAGGAACUCCCGGAAAGAACGGAGAGCCUGGCGCUGAUGGAGAGACCGGACCAGUCGGACCUGCCGGACAUGCUGGAAACCCUGGCCGUGAUGCCGACGACGGCAGACCAGGAUCUCCCGGAAAGGACGGAGCUGUCGGCGUCGACGCCAACUACUGUCCCUGCCCUACUCGCAGCGCCAAGAAGCACUAA